CAGAUUGUUGCGCUGAAGGUCAUUUACACGUGAACUUGGCGAUGAAUUGGUUUUUUCUUAGUUUGUUAAGUGUAUUUGUAAAUCUUGUCAUCUCAUGUGAUGAAUUUGAUGUUAAGCCUAUUACCUAUUCGACGAGUGAAGCAGUGCUAUCUUCUGAGACUGUUAUAUUAGUUGAAGGUGAAGCGAAGUGUAAAGGAAAGGGAUCCUCUGAUCUCUUCGCCGAGCUAAAUGGAGUCCUCCAACCGGUCAGUCGACACAUAGAAACAAACAACUUCCAAGUAUCAUUUAUUUUGAAUCACAAAAGUGUUCCGAAAGGGGAAUAUAUUGUUCGAUUUUACAAUGACAAAGGCGUUACUGCCUUGCUCCGAGCAAUGAAGGGUGGUUCAGCCUCAGAUGUACCUCCCGUAUUUACAGUUACCGUCCGACAUAAAGGUAUUUCGUACAAGCCCGUUGUAUACUGUGAAACGGUGGCGCUUUUGACAAUUCUGCUAGUAGCUUUUGGAGCCAUUAUUACCAAAAACAAGUCGUUUUAGGACUAUGUUUUCUCUUAUCUUUCAUUGUACAUGUACAUGACAUUUGGUUUUCUAACAGACUUGUUCUUCAAGUGUUUUGUUGUACUCAUAACUUUUUUGUAGAAAGAUUAUGGUUGCUUACUCAUAGCUUUUAAUUGACAGUUAUACUAGUUGGUAAAAUAAGUUCCAUGUCGGGUUACGAAAGUAUUGUGUUAUCGUUUUCAACACAAGCUUCAGGUUAGUAUCUACAGUAUGUGCUAAUUCAUAUGGUCGUGUAUUGUCCUCUUCAGUUUACUUUUACUGUUUAGAUCAUGGUUGUUAAAAGCAACCUAAACUGUCACAGUGUGCUCGUAUAUGGGUAUCAUGGAUUUAAGUAGUUUAUAGCUUUCGUGUUCUCACUGAUUUGACUUCUGUGUUCUCCUCACAACCACACUUUUUCAUGCCUUUGAGUCCCUUUCAUCAGUUACAAGAAUGGGGCAGUCGACCACCGUAUUUGCAUCUUUUUUUCGUGACUUAUUUCAGUCACAGCACACCUAUUUACAAGAGUGGUUUGUUUUCAUUGUGAUACAGUAAUUGUAAGAGAUGGCAGUACUUGCGAUGAUAUCAGAAGUUCUGAGUUAUCCUGCUAUUCGUUUCGUCCGUACAGUAGGAUCAAGGAUAUAACCUUGAUAAGGUACUAGCGAGCAACCCUAC